AUGUUCUCCUACAUUCCGAAAACUCUGGGAAAGGCCAAGUGCCAUCAUUCUUCGAUUUUAAGACAUACUAACAGAUGGGUUUCUGCUCGUGGCGUGGCAAAUUCCGCGAAACCCAAAAGACCGAGCCUUAAAGAGCUAAUGCAGACUUAUGGGUAUUCAGCACUUGGAAUAUAUCUGGGACUGUCAAUGAUAGAUUUACCCAUUUGCUUCUUCGCCGUACAUUCAUUGGGCGAAGAGAAGAUCAAGAUAUAUAUGAACAGAGUUAAGAAUGUAAUUGGAUUUGGGAAGGAAGAGCAGGUGCUGGUCGAGGAGCUCAUGCGGAAAGCCGAAAUUGAAAAGCAGACUGAAGACUCUAGUCAUAAGGACUCAAAGCCCUCAUUGUGGACGACAAUGAAAGAAAGUACAUUAUUGACGGAAUUCCUGAUAGCGUACGGCCUGCAUAAAAGCUUGAUAUUCAUCAGGCUUCCAAUCACCGCGGCUAUUACGCCCUCUACGGUCAAGCUACUACAGAAAUGGGGGUUCAAUAUUGCUGGUUUGAACAAGAACUUGAAAACUGCAGGGGAAACUGCCAAAGUGAAGUAUAAAAGUGGAGAUCCCAGUGAUUUUGUUAAAGGUUCACAAAUCCCAAGACAACACCAAACUAAGGGUCGGAAAUGGUUUGACGGCCUUAUGUGA